AUGUCCAAAAUUGCCAUAACUUUCGGAGAGAUGACAACCGAGUCGUUUCGUUGCGUAACAAAAGCCUAUCAGAACGUCCAUCACUUCGCUAUGACUCCCAUCUCCAACAUUACCGACUCUGAUAUGGAGGAGGACUUCGACGAUGAGGAGAGAUCUUACGACAGGUCCAGCGAUUCCAUGUUUGUCGGCGGCUCUGAUGGCGAUCACGAAGACGACGAUUGCAGAAGCAUUACGUCAAACAUGUCAAACAUGAAGGAAAGUAAAGACAAAUCGUCGACCAAAGAGAACGACAUUUCAUCGCCGACUCUAUCGGAGGCGGAGAUGGACUCCAAGUCAAAGAAGAAACGGUUCACGAAAUCGCGAACCCGAGCGCGGAGUCCAACAGUUGUCGUUCGGAUCAGAAAGAAUCGCCGCCUGAAAGCCAACGAUAGGGAGAGAAAUCGGAUGCAUAUGCUUAACAAGGCGUUGGAAAAGUUGCGUAAAGUGUUGCCCGCGUUUCCCGACGACACCAAACUGACCAAAAUCGAGACUUUGAGAUUCGCACACAAUUACAUUUGGGCCUUAAGCGAAACCGUCAAAAUGUUUGACACUAACAACGUCUCGUCUCUCAUCACCGGUUCGUCCGCCACAGUAUCCGAUGCCAUAUCGCUGUCGUCGCUGAAGCCCUCAGACUUUUUGCCACUGAAUUCACCCGCAAGUGUCGAGACAUACAAACCUCCCACUCCUUAUAGCAGUACUAUAUCGUCGUCCGCAUCGCCGCCUAAUUGGGACUCAGAGACGAAACCAAAAUUAGAUAUCACUUGCAAUGGAACCGAUUCCUCGGAUACGACCUCGAGAUCGGGCUCUGAAAGUAGUUUCUUAAUGUUAUGA